AUGCGCAGAGCCCUCAUUCGCACUUUGCGUGGCCCGCAGACACCUGAUCUCCGCAAUCACUCUGCUUUCCGCCUUCCUCGUGCGCACCACCAUCACUCUUCGUUGAAAAUGCAGCUCCCGAGCUCCUCCGCUGCGUAUGUCCUGGCACCUGAGCUCACCUGGACGGGUGAGGCUUUCGAGCGUAACAUGCACGUGUCCGUGGGCGCCGACGGCUUGAUCCAAUCCCUUCCCGGCCGUGCGCUACUACCUGGCAUGGUGAACGCGCAUUCGCACGCGUUUCAGCGCGGCUUGCGCGGUCUUGGAGAGACGUACCCGAAAGACUCUGCGCAAAGCAGCUUUUGGACGUGGCGCGAGGAGAUGUACAAGCUCGUGGGCGGCAUGAGCGAGCAGCAGAUCUACGAUCUGACUCGUCAAUGCUUUUCCGAGAUGCGCGACGCCGGCAUCACAAGUGUCGGUGAGUUCCACUACUUCCAUCACGGUCGACCAGGCGAGGGCAAGAACGGACACAAGUUCGCGUACGACGAGACGGUGCUGCGUGCGGCCAGGGACGUGGGAAUUCGCAUUGUGUUGUUGAAUGCGUACUACGAACACGGCGGCUUCCAGCGAGCUCCCAUGGUGGAAUCACAGAAGCGCUUCAAGGUCGACUCGCACGACGUCUACUGGAAGCAAAUGGACACGCUGCUGAGCAAGCUGGCUGGCGAUCCUACUCAGUCAUUGGGUGUGGUGGCUCACUCGAUGCGUGCUGUGGAGGUACCGGACAUUGUCCAGCUGCACGAAGAAUCGGUGCGUCGUGGGCUGGUGUUCCACAUUCACCUUGAAGAGCAGACGAAGGAGGUGGACGACUGUAAGGCUGCACACGAUGGGGAAACGCCCAUGGGUCUUCUAUUAAAACAUCUGAAGAUCGAUGAGAAGUUUACAGCAGUGCACUGCACGUGGACCAAGGCAGAUGAGUUGAAACAGUUCGUGGAGAAGAAGGGUAACGUGUGCAUUUGUCCAUUGACGGAGGGUAAUUUGGGAGAUGGCUUCCCGUUCAUCGCAAGCUGCUCCGACCGUGUGUGUCUUGGCACCGACUGCAAUGCUCGUGUGGACAUGUGCGAAGAAAUGCGCUGGCUGGAGUACGCUCACCGCCUACAUCAAAGCAGGAGAGGUGUUUGCACGGACUCCACUGCAGAGACCGAUCUAGCGAAGCUUCUCUUCCGUUAUGGCACCAAGAACGGCGCUGAAUCGCUCAACUUGCGAGUGGGUGAAAUUAAGAAGGGAUACGCUGCUGACUUUGCAUUGGUGGACAUCGAAGAGGAGCAGCUCAAGUUCUCCACUCCGUCGUCUCUUAUGGGUACAUUUAUCUUCGGAGCUAACGGAUCGAGCGUCGUCAAGGCGACGGCAGUAAAUGGAAAGUGGCGUAAGACGGUCUCGAAGAAAGUUCAGCAAGAGAGCUCCUCGAACAGUGAUGACUCGGCUGUGUCCGAUGAGCACAAGGCUCAGAUCGAGGCUGCUGCUGCUCUGGCAGACGUCAACAGUGACGACGUUGUGAAGCUUGCCAUCGGUCUUAACAGCAUCGUCUCGACCUCAGGCGAUGAAGCUGCGGUGGGCCAGGCGAUUGCUGACUGGCUCACUGCUCGUGGAUGGCGUGUGCACAAGCAGAAGGUUCCUCCGCAGGCUGAUGCUGCUGUGAAGGCUGACAGAUACAACGUGUACGCUACGCGGAGCGACAGCAAGACCCCGCGUCUUCUGUUCAACUCGCACAUGGACACUGUUCCGCCGUAUCUCCCUCCUCGUAUCGAUAGCACCACGCUCUAUGGCCGUGGUGCCUGUGACGCUAAGAGUUUGAUUGCCGGUCAGAUGAUCGCAGCACAGAAGCUCGCCGAGGCAGGUUUCGGCAAAGACGUUCAGGUUCUCUUUGUCGUGUCUGAAGAAACGGACCACAGCGGCAUGAAGAAGGCUAAUGAGCUCAACGUCAAGCCCGCUCACAUGAUUGUUGGCGAACCGACUGCUCUCAAGAUGUCGAAGAUGCAGAAGGGAGUUCUCAAAAUUCAACUCUCGCAGAAGGGAGUGGCAGCACACAGCGGAUACCCGCACUUGGGUGACUCGGCUAUCGACCCGAUGAUCGAUGUUCUUUACGCCCUGAAGAAGGAAAACUGGCCAACGACCGAGGAAUACGGGAACACGGACCUUAACAUCGGCCUGCUCAAUGGAGGACAAGCAGCCAACGCUUUGGCUGAGCAAUCGUCGGCGAUGCUGAUGUUCCGCUUGGUGACUGAGCCCAGCGUCAUCUAUGAGCGAGUUGAGGAAAUCGUGGCUGGACGCGUAGAGAUGAAUCUUUACACUUCCAACGCCCCCGUUCACUUGACUACUGUGGAGGGCUACGACACCGGUGUUGCGUGCUUCAACACGGACAUUCCUUACUUUAACUUCGACGGCAAGGCGUACCUGGUCGGUGCUGGAAGUAUCACGGAUGCCCACUGCCCACGCGAGUUCAUCAAGCUUGACGACCUCAAGUGUGUGGUCGACUACUACUUCACACUCGGCAAGCGCCUGAUUGAGGACGGCAAAUGA